AUGCUUUACUCGGAGGAAAUCUACAACUGGAAUUUAGUGUUCAUGAGAAGCAUUGGAUAUUUGGGUAACCGACGUCGUGCUUAUUUUUUAUUAUCCUUACCGGUUUUAAUAUGUUUCGGCGCAAUUUAUGGCACUUACAAAAUGUGGAGCGAUUUUGAUAAAGUCAUCAUAAAUUUAUUCAAAACUUCUGGCUUACUCACAGUAACUUUGCGAUCAUUUGUUAUCAUACAGAAGGAAAAGAAAUUAUAUGACUUUUUCGAUUACAUAAGUCAGUUGUAUCGCGAGCUGCAGGCCGAAGGUGAUGAAACUACGCUGAAGAGAAUGCAUGAGUUCGCACGAAAAACUAAACGAUAUACGAAGGGUUUAUUCAUCUUAAUGAUCGCGUGUACUUUUUAUAUAUCCCUCAUACAAGUAAUGUCAACUUUUGGCAUUGGUUUGAAAAAAUUCCUCAUUGAAAUGGAGCUACCUUUCAUAAGUGUUAAUGAGAAUCCAUAUUGGGAUAUAUUUUCUACACUGCAAGCCGUAUGGUUGGCGCCCUCAAUCCUUUUAUCGUACAUUUCCUAUUUAUGCAUCAUUUUCACCACAAUCUCUUUUGGCAUACUCUUGAUGAAAGAUCUGCAGUUUAAGUUGGGCAAUAUGAAUGAAAAGAAUGAUUUGGAGGCUUAUGAAUAUAUUAAGAACUGCGUUAAACAGCAUGUGAUGAUUAUAAAAUAUCACCGCCAAAUGGAAGUUUUAUUUUCGCUUGGCAGCUGCGCCGAAGUUUGCAACUUUUGCAUAAUUCCUUGCGUAAUUAUCGUUUAUUCAACAAUGGAUUAUGAUUUGGCUUUCUUGAUGACAGACAUACAACUGGCCGUCAUAGCAGUGUCUUCAACUUUUUUCAACUUUUGGCUGGCAAAUAAUUUUUGUGUUGAGAGUUUAAAUAUAGCAUACGCAGCAUAUAACAGUAAUUGGAUUGACCGUAAUAAGGAAUUUCGUAAAUAUAUUGUACUAAUCAUGACAAUGAGUCAGAAACCAUUACAGCUUACUGCUGCCGGCUUAAAACCAAUAAAUAUGGAGUUCUUUCUGGCAAUUCUGCGCGCGGCUUAUUCAUUAUUUACAGUUUUGCAAUAAACGGUGAAAUUCUUAAGGAAUUUAAUUAUUACAAAAAUUAAUACAUACAUAUAUUUAGA